GCUGUUCAGAGGCGAGACCCAGACAGGAUCCCCCCCACUUCCUCUCUGCAGUCUACUUGUUGAUUUGCUCCAGAAGUGCUGCGAGAGGCAGACAGGACUUUUUUGGCGCUGAUUUUUUUAUUUAUUUUAUUUUUUAUUGUUGUUUGUGUUGGCGUUGUGCUUUUCAUCAUGUCUGAGCGCGGCUGAUGAUGCGCCUCUCGGCUCCAGGCAGAGCGAAGGGGAGCGCGGCGGGCUGAACAAGUUGGAGCGCACAGUCCAACGAAACGAUGCUGAUUUCGCUCCAGGAGGUGAAUCGUCACACGAAGAAGGCGCCACAAGAAACGAAGCGGGGUCCUGAUGCGGUCACCUCCAGGAUCAUGUCUUCUUAAGCUUCCAGACUGAUUCUUCCAGGCUCUCCAAGUGUCCAACUGAGCUGAGCGAAGAUGAUCAAAACCGGCUCCCGGUUGACCACCACGCUGCCUCCGGACACCGUAGACAUCAUCCGGACCAAGACGCACUCCCGCCGGGUGAGACUGAAUGUCGGGGGGCUUCUCCACGAAGUCCUCUGGAGGACCCUGGACAGGCUGCCCCGCACACGGCUCGGCAAGCUGCGGGACUGCAACACGCACGAGUCCAUCAUGGAGAUAUGUGACGACUACAGCCUGGACAACAACGAGUAUUUUUUCGACCGGCACCCGGGCGCCUUCACCUCCAUCCUGAACUUCUACCGCACCGGGAAGCUGCACAUGAUGGAGGAGAUGUGCGCCCUCUCCUUCAGCCAGGAGCUGGACUUCUGGGGCAUCGACGAGAUCUACCUGGAGUCCUGCUGCCAGGCCCGGUAUCACCAGAAGAAGGAGCAGAUGAACGAGGAGCUGAAGAGGGAAGCCGAGAACAUGAGGGAGCGGGAGGGAGAGGAGUUCACCACCACAUGCUGCUCCGAGAAGAGGAAGAAGCUCUGGGACCUGUUGGAGAAGCCCAGCUCAUCGUUUGCUGCUAAGAUCCUUGCAAUCAUCUCCAUCCUCUUCAUUGUGCUGUCCACCAUUGCCUUGUCUCUCAACACCCUCCCAGAGCUGCAGGACACCGACGAGUUUGGCCAGCCCACGGACAACCCACAGCUAGCUCACGUGGAAGCUGUUUGUAUUGCCUGGUUCACCAUGGAGUACCUGCUCCGCUUCCUCUCCUCUCCAAACAAAUGGAAGUUCUUCAAAGGUCCCCUCAACGUCAUCGACCUGCUGGCCAUCCUGCCCUAUUACGUCACCAUCUUCCUGACAGAGUCCAACAAGAGCGUGCUGCAGUUUCAGAACGUUCGCCGUGUGGUUCAGAUAUUCCGGAUCAUGCGGAUCUUGCGAAUCCUGAAGCUGGCCCGUCACUCCACAGGUCUUCAGUCUUUGGGCUUCACUCUCAGGAGGAGCUACAAUGAGCUGGGCCUGCUUAUCCUCUUUCUUGCCAUGGGCAUCAUGAUCUUCUCAAGUCUGGUGUUCUUUGCUGAGAAGGAUGAAGAGGACACCAAGUUUAAAAGCAUCCCUGCCUCCUUCUGGUGGGCUACCAUUACUAUGACCACAGUAGGUUAUGGAGACAUUUACCCAAAAACCCUGCUAGGAAAGAUAGUUGGAGGUUUGUGUUGCAUUGCAGGAGUCUUGGUGAUAGCCUUACCCAUUCCUAUUAUUGUAAAUAACUUCUCUGAGUUUUACAAAGAACAGAAGAGGCAGGAGAAAGCUAUCAAAAGGAGAGAGGCUCUGGAGAGGGCUAAGAGAAAUGGUAGCAUUGUCUCAAUGAACAUUAAGGAUGCCUUUGGCCGUAGCGUGGAACUCAUGGAUGUCAUGGUGGAAAAAACUGAUGAGCGGAAGGAGAAGCUCCAUGACAAUCACGUGUCACCACACAGAGGAACACCCAGGAUCAAGUCACCGCUGAACCCUAGUAGUCCCAGUAAGACUACUGAGUCCAGCUUCCAAGAAAAGACCAAACCAGCCAGCAGUCCUCAGCAUCUCAGUGCACAGAAACUUGAGGAAAUGUACAAUAACAUGACAAAAGCACAGUCACAGCCAAACGUCAACAGCAAGGAAAAAGCGUCACAUUCGAAGUCAGCCAGGCAGAAAGCUGAAUUUGAGAUGGGAAGCAUCCUCCCUGAAGCCGUGUCAGGCACAGCGGAGGGAGUGACAGACAUGAAGAGCAUUUCCAGCAUUGACAGCUUCAUCAGCUGUGCACCUGACUUUCCUGAGAGCUCCAGAUUUUCACACGGCUCAGGGAGCAACAUGCCUGGAAGAGUCAGUACUAACCCCAGCCUGGAGCCCACCCUGGAGAAUGAGCAUGAGGGAUCGCAUGGUGCCACCAGCCCCAAGUCAGGCAUAAGCACCAAGUUCAACAACGACAACCCAAGAGCUCCGUCACUAAACAACCCAAUAAAGGGCCGUUCACUUAAAGUUAGAGUCAGAGGCGGGGAGGACUCAGGGAAAGGAGGUCUCUCUGACAGCUCAUCAAUCCAAAGCCCAGAGACGUCUGUCUACACCACUGCCAGCAGCAGGACGCCCAGCAAGAGCCCCGAGAACUUACGGCCGAGCAUCUUCACAUUCCACGACUCGUCUGUCAGUAAGUUCAUUGACGCCGACACGGACGAGGAGGAACACCUGCACGACAGUUCGGCACCCAACGUGACCCAAAGACUUUUGGAGAGAGCCAGCCCCAGGUUUGCUCAGCUCUCUGGCUUCCAACAGGGUCCCAACCACAUGGAGGGCCUCUCCAAGAAGCUGGGGAACAGCAACCUGCCACUGGAAGGACAGGAAAACCACAUUUCACCAGAGCUGCGGCCGCUUCAGGGGGAGAAGCAUCAGUACAACUCUUAGAGUCGAUUAAAAGGAAUGGCUUGCACAGAGAAUAUAAAGAAGAUGAAGAUAUAAGGGAUAGCAAAUGAAAACCUCAGAGACUUGCCUGGGAACAAUUUGCAGAAAAACUGAAAGAAAAAGGCUUUUCCUACAAAAUUACAACACCUGUGGAUCACUGGAAAUAGUGUUGUUAUCUUCUCUGAAACGUUCCUGAUGAAAACAAUCAAACAUGCCCUCAGAGUGGAAGAAAAGUAGGGAUUUUUUGCUAUUUAUACAAGCCCAGAUUAUAAUGCCAUCAUUAGACUAGCUGCCAGAGUCUAGUCUACAAUUUUUAUAACCUGUUUUCUGAGAGCCCUGGAUAAAAUGUUGAAGCCACUGCAGCUAAAGCUGUCAAAUCAUCGUGAAACAUAAAGGGCAUCAAAACAAGGCACAAUAAGAGGAGAUAUUUUUAAAAUCCUCAAUUGCAGUAUGAAAGGAAGACAUAUAUCUUCUCUCCCUACAGUGUAUAUUUAUAUACACUGUACAGAUACAUUGUAUGUUUCAAAGGCGGAGGGCUGAGAACAUGUUCUUGCUUCCUACAACUUCCUUUAAAACUGGCCUUAGUUCAUGUUGUCCUGUGUUUUACAUUUUGAUGUUGAGGAGGAAAGCCUGAGGCAGACUAAAAGAAAGCACAUAAGUAUCUCUGUGUGCGUGUGUGUGCAAUAACUACCUUUCACUUAUAUUUAUUAUGUAGCAAUAGUCGUCUUUCAUCUUAAGUCAAAUCUUCAGCAGGAUGAAGUGUUUCGGUCUGUUUCUUUCAAACAGCUCAGCGUCUCUCCUGGGUUGGCAUUUUUACUGCACAGAUUAAGCUGUGAGGUCACAUGCAUCCUGGUCAUUCAUUGGUGGCGAGAGAGAAAAUAUCAUUUUGGAAAUGUUGCACUCUUGUUUUUCUUGUUAUAAUCAGUGGCGGUUUUGGACAUGGGGAAUAUGUCUUUCUACCCUGGACAAUGAUGCAUCACAAGGGGGCGCCAUAGAGCAGAAAAUAAAGAGUUAUUUGUCAGUGGAGAAAACAGGUUUCCUUUGGCCCAUUUGGGCGCCAGUGGCUUGCUGUGGUGUGCAGGGUGCAGCAUUGUGAGAAAAUAUUGUUGUAUUAUGAUCCUAAAGAUGGUGUCUGAGUCUGAGCUCAAAAUUGGGGACCAUUUCUAGUGUAAAUUAUUAGUUUACCCUUAUGUGGAUCAUUCUUCACUGAACAAAUUUCUAAACAUAUAAUUUCAGAUUUAUGAUGCACUUAUAGCUUCUAUUUUGUUUUUGUAAAAAAAAAAUUACAAAGAGAUACUUUUAAUGCUUUUUUGAAUUAGGAUUGCAUUAAGCUAAAAUAAGCAUAAAAAUCAAAAGAUAAAAUCUUGUCUAGCUUGUGUUAAAUUCAUUUCAGAUCCUCCGUUUUUACCAUAUGAUGACCUUGAUGACCUGAUGCAUUUCUUCCUGAAUGGGACUCAGAGGGACUCAGUAGGGAGGCAGAAGGAGCAGCUCCCUAAAAACCGCCACUGAUUAUAAACUUUAUUCUGAAUGUCUAAAUGAGUGUGUCCUCAAGUUUGGGUUACAUUUGUCCAUCAAAGUCUUUUGUAAUUCAAGCUUUGAGUAGUUGUAGCGGAUGAGGUGAAUUUUGCAUCACGCGGCAGGAGACAACAGAGAAAACAAUCUGUUUUGUAUAAAUAUUGUACAUGCAUCCGUGCAAAGUCAGACUCUACAACGACAUUACGCAUCACUUGUACAAAAUUUUAAAAAGUAAUUUAUAUUUUUAAGGUAUUUUCUAAAACAACUGACAUGUGGUAACCUCAUAGUUAUGCAUUUUAAAGCACUGUGCGUGCUCUAUUUCUUUGAAGGAGUUGCUUCUGUUAGUCAACAUUCUGCAGCAGAAAGAUUUAUAUUUGCUACUGUCUCUCUGUACAUGCUUGUUGCAGUCUUUCUGUGCAACACAAAGAACCAAAGAAUUGUUCUUUCUGAUGACAUAUACAGACGGUUGUGCAUUCUGAUGUUUUAUCUCAAAAUGUUGGAGCAUUCCUUUUAAAAAAAUAAUAAUAAUAGGAGUCAUUUCAGGGAGCCGUAUUUGCUCAUGUAGGGCAAACAUAUAAGCAGGAGGAUAUUCUGGAGUUCUAACAAAACAGCUCUGAGAGAUGAGUCUCAUUUUAUGUUUCUUGGCAGAUUAGUCACUUUCACAAGUGAUUCAUCUGUAUUUCCUGCACUUAGACACCAAAUGUUCUGCAGUUUACUCUUUUCUUAAUGCACCUGAUGACACCAAAACUGGUGCUCUCACACUAACUUCAUUUAAAACAUAUAAACUUCAUAAUGUAUGUCUUGCAAGCAUGAAUCGAAGGAACUUUUUGCAAGAAACAUGUGUCAUAGUGGACCUAUUUAAUGUAGAGAUACAAGUGCCAGCCGUGUUCAUUGGGAAACCUGGUAAAGAUGUGUAAAAGCCUUUAACAUUCAGCUAAUAUUGCAGUAGCACAUUAUCAUGCUCAUAAAAACAGCUUUAAUUUCAGGGCAUUUAUUCAGUACAGAAAAACAUCAUCUUCUGUAAAACCCUCUUUUUCACUUUUUCUAUUUCUGUGAUAUUUUAAAAUUUGGGAGAAUUUGCAGAGCAUUUUUAAAACAUCCAUCCAAGUCUUCUAGCCUCCCUUAUACUCCCUGGAAUGUUUCUUUUUCUAUUUGUUUAACUAUUUUGUGCUAAUCUAAUCACAUGCUUUGACUCACUAUCACGAUGAAAGAGCCAGUUGAAACCUAUUUUCAGUUUUUCUGGCAGCGAAAAUCACCCUGGUAUCACAGAACCACUGGAACAGCAAAUCUGAAGUGAUUUAGAUACAGUUUUUGCAGCGGUGAAAGGUUUCAAUGUGUGUGCAGGAUAACAGCAGCUGCAGAAAGGAGGAAGUAAACCUGCUGCACAGGUCAUAAAUGCUCUAACUUUAACACUGACUACAGACCUAAAAUUCUUUUAAUGUUAAGAAUGAGAAUACUUUUACAUUUCCAGGAAAGAAAGACUGGUUUGUUCUAUUUUUUGUAUUUGAGUUUAGUCUCUUCAUAAAUACAUCUCUGCAAAUAAUAACCAAUUAUUCCUGUUGCUUUGAAGUUCAGCAAAUGAAACUUGGCUUCCUCUCCCAGAUUCUUUUAAACUUUCAUUGCAAUGCUGGUAGCAGCGGUAAUCUUCUUUAUACAAAAAGGGCCGCCAAAUCAAAUUCUGCUUUAUGACCUGUGCAACUAAUCAUGGUUCAAUUUUUCCAAAAUUGUCAGUGAGAUUUUGCUGCAGGUAAAAAAUAUGAAUUUAUUUUCAGACUUUUUUCACAUCUUCACCAGGAGUACCAACAAAUUUGUCUGGCACUGUAGUACGAGUUAGAUAUUUCUGUGCCUUUGCUUUUAAUAAAAACCCUGCAUUCUGAAUCUGCCCUAAUGGAGUCUGAAUAAUGAGCAAAUAAACAGGACAGAGCACUCACCCUGUGAAGCUUUUAUGUUUGCUUCUGUUUUUAAACUCUAAUGUCUCUCUCUCAUGCACCAAACAUUUGGAUGGAAAAAGUCCAGAAACACAAGCAGGUGCAGACUCACUCUCAGCAGACUGAACAGUUUCCAUGGUGAGCGGCUGAGAUGACUGGAUGGCUCACAUUUGAUGCACACAUGUAGCCUAAUUUACAGAGGACGGUUACAGACUUUAUCUUAAUCAGUUCCUUUAUUCAUCUCAGUUGUGUUUUCAGUUCAGGGGAAGAAUCAGAAAACUGGAUCGUGGGUCUUUCAGUCAGACUGCCACAUCGUCGCUUUAUGUCACUCGGUUGCUUUCACGGAAACAUGCACCCGUCUCCGCAAAUCGCAAAAGAGCAGACGGCGCGCGGCCACAUGGACCUGGGUGUGACCCGCUGUUUCGGGGAUGUUGAUGAAGACUUCGGCCACCUUGUUCCUGAAGGGAGGGAGCGAGUGUGAAAUGUGAACAGAGUUGGAACAAGGAGUGUGCGACAGACGGACUGUGCUUCAGAGUUAUCAGCUUGAUUUAAACUGACAUCCUGAAUGAUGGCUGGAGCCACUCUGCUUCCCAAAGUCAUGGGUAACUUCUGCUUUGAAAAAGACAAAAGGAUAGAUUCAACUUUUCACCUUUUGUCUCAUGACAAACACAAACAAUGUAUUUCACUGGGAUUCCAUGUGGAUCUUAAAGCGCAUUAAGUGUGAAGUGGACAGCAAGUUCUUCAUUUUUGAAAGUUUUUGCCUGUAGUUAGCUCCCCUCUUCACUCCCCAAAUAAAACACAAUGAAACAAAUAACCUACAAAUUCACCCAAUCAGUAAAUUGAGUCCAUCUAUGUGUAAUGUAAUCCUAGUAUAUUACGUGAAGGCCUCAGAGGUUUGUUAGAAGAAAAAAAAAGUGUGAACAAACAGAAUAAUGAUGACCCCCCCCAAAAAAAUGGUGAAAUAGUUUAAACCAAAGUUCGGUUAAAGCAACAUCCUGAGCUUUGAACGUCACACAGACCUCUGUUCAAUCCAGAUGUAUGUGACGUGGCCUCCCACCUGAACUGACAGAUUUACAUAAAGAGCCAAGCGGACCAUGGGAACUCGGAUCAAAGUCUUGCUGGAAUAAAACCAUAAAAAGUUCCAUUUAAUAUUUCCCCUAUGUUGACGCCACAGGAAACAUCUGGAAGAAGGCGUUCUGGUCGAAUAAUCCAAAAGUCAAACAGAGCAGUAUUUGUUCCAGAGGACUGACGUUGCACAUCACAUAUCCAGGAAAACCUGUUGGAGGAAGUAAAAGAUUUGACAAUGAGAUGGAGGUUCACCUCAGCAGAAAAACGUCCAGCCAGAGAUAAAGUAAGAUUGUUUACAUCAAACUCUUCAUGUGUUAGAACAGCCCAGUUCUGUCUAAUUGAAACCAGGCUUCAGAUUGCAGCUUUAAUUGCAGUGAAAUGGUUCGUCUAAAAGCAUCUAAAGCAUUUUUUAAAUCUAUACAUCAUUUUUCCUCCACUUCACAAGUAUGCACCAUUCUGUAUGGAAUACAUUUAGGUUUGUGGCUGUAAUGUGAUAAACUGUGGAAGAGUUUCAAGGGUUGUAAAGUCUUUACAAUUGCAAGGUGCACUAACUUUUACCAAGCUCUGUUUGUGCUUGACAACGAUGCAAUCUUAAAAAUAAAAUGAGCUCCGUCAGAGCCAGGUCAAGAGUAAGGUUCUCGUGGAGUCCUAGUUCUGUUUUGUUUUGUUUUCCCAUCAUGACGGUGCAAAGACAAGCUGCAGCAUCCUUUUGGGCAUGAGUUUGCAUCUCUAAUUCUAUAAAUAUCCCCCCCUGGCUACGCACAGGGUUUGGUCCUACAGGAAGAGCUCGGUUUCAGCAGCGUUGUCAUACAUUUUGUAACAAAAUACUCCAGAAAAGGAUGAACAAAAAAACACAAACAAACAGUGGAGCUUACCUGGAACUGUGGAGUCACUGGUGUGUGGACUUACUUUUUUUUUUUUGUCAGUCCAGCCUUUAGUGAUGCAUGGUAAUGGAAUAAAAAUGUAAAACUGACAUGGCUGUAUGCCCUUCUCUACAAGAGGUGUUGGAGACAGAAGAGAGAAAUAGAUAGAAAACGGGGAGGGUGUGCAACAUGCUGAAGGAUCAGGGCUCAUUAGCAUCCAUCACAGUCAGACAGGCAGUAAAUGACAAAUCCCUAAAAAUGAGCCUCUAAUUGUCGCCAAAUCUCUUGCAAAAUAAGCCAUAAUAAUUAGCAGAUGUGGCUCCUUUCUGUGUUGGGUGAAUGGGAAGUAUUUUCUCAUACCUUUUUGUAUUUUCUGAACUGCACUUUGUUGAAUUGUUUGAAGGAAGUCCUAUGUUGUCUUGCAUAAAUUGAAAUAUUGAUAUAAAACACAAUCGGUCUUCUUGAAGGUCCAUGGCUCUCUGUGUGCUGCCCUCCUGGUGUGGUUGAGAGAAAAUGUUUGUUUUGUAAAAGUUUCAGACUUUGUACCUGUUGAGUUUGUAGGAAAAUGUGUUUUUCUGCUUUCCCUGUUUUCCUCAACACAUGUAGCGCUGUAUGACACAAAGAACAUGUAAAUAUCAUCAGAAAAGCUGUAGGAAAACGAUUUUCAAAGCCUAUUUCUUCUUUUACCGUCUGAUGCUUAAUAAAAGAUGAUAAACUA